AUGAGCAGCAAGAAAUUGGCCGGUUUGAGAGACAAUUUCAGUCUACUGGGCGAAAAGAACAAGAUCUUGGUCGCUAACAGAGGUGAGAUCCCUAUCAGAAUUUUCAGGUCCGCCCAUGAGCUGUCCAUGAGGACCAUCGCCAUAUACUCGCACGAAGACCGUCUUUCCACACAUAGGCUGAAGGCGGACGAGGCAUACGUCAUCGGCGAAGAGGGCCAAUACACUCCCGUGGGUGCGUACUUGGCCAUGGACGAGAUCAUCGCGAUCGCAAAGAAGCACAAAGUUGACUUUAUCCACCCAGGUUACGGGUUCUUGUCUGAGAAUUCCGAGUUCGCUGACAAAGUGGUGAAGGCAGGCAUCACUUGGAUCGGGCCUCCCGCUGAAGUCAUCGAAUCUGUGGGUGACAAGGUUUCCGCCAGAAACCUCGCAGCAAGGGCCAAUGUCCCCACCGUUCCCGGUACUCCAGGUCCCAUAGAGACCGUACAGGAAGCACAGGACUUCGUCGAUAAAUAUGGCUACCCUGUCAUCAUCAAGGCCGCCUUUGGCGGUGGUGGUAGAGGUAUGAGAGUGGUAAGAAAAGGUGACGACGUGGGUGAUGCGUUCCAGCGUGCUACGUCUGAGGCCCGCACCGCAUUCGGUAAUGGUACCUGUUUCGUGGAGAGAUUCUUGGACAAGCCAAAACAUAUUGAAGUCCAGUUGCUAGCCGAUAACCACGGUAAUGUGGUCCAUCUUUUCGAUAGGGACUGUUCCGUGCAGAGAAGGCAUCAGAAGGUCGUCGAAGUGGCCCCAGCUAAGACCCUGCCGCUCGAAGUUCGUGACGCUAUCUUGACAGAUGCUGUCAAGUUGGCCAGAGUUUGUGGCUACAGAAACGCAGGUACCGCCGAGUUCUUGGUCGACAACGAAAACAGACAUUAUUUCAUCGAAAUCAACCCAAGAAUCCAAGUGGAACAUACUAUCACCGAAGAAAUCACUGGUAUCGAUAUUGUGUCUGCGCAAAUCCAGAUCGCUGCCGGUGCCUCUUUGCCCCAAUUGGGCCUGUUACAGGACAAAAUCUCUACCCGUGGGUUCUCCAUUCAAUGUCGUAUUACCACAGAAGACCCAUCGAAGAAUUUCCAGCCAGAUACUGGACGUUUGGAAGUCUACCGGUCUGCCGGUGGUAAUGGUGUCAGAUUGGACGGUGGUAACGCCUAUGCCGGUGCCACUAUCUCUCCUCAUUACGACUCCAUGUUGGUGAAGUGUUCAUGUUCCGGUUCCACUUACGAAAUCGUUCGUAGGAAAAUGAUCCGUGCCUUGAUCGAAUUCAGAAUCAGAGGUGUCAAAACCAACAUUCCUUUCCUUUUGACUCUUUUGACACAUCCAGUCUUCAUUGACGGUAGCUACUGGACAACGUUCAUCGAUGAUACCCCACAACUGUUCCAAAUGGUUUCCUCGCAAAACAGAGCGCAAAAACUAUUGCAUUAUUUGGCAGAUUUGGCCGUCAAUGGUCCUUCCAUCAAGGGCCAAAUUGGUUUGCCUAAGUUGAAAUCAACCCCAAGCGUCCCUCAUUUGCACGAUGCUGAAGGUAACAUUAUCAAUGUCGUUACUACGUCGCCACCAUCCGGAUGGAGACAAGUGCUACUAGAAAAGGGACCAGCUGAGUUUGCUAAACAAGUGAGACAAUUCAGCGGUACUCUAUUAAUGGAUACUACUUGGAGAGACGCCCAUCAAUCCCUGUUGGCCACAAGAGUCAGAACCCAUGAUCUGGCCACAAUCGCUCCAACUACCGCCCAUGCCCUAGCAGGCGCCUUUGCUUUAGAAUGUUGGGGUGGUGCCACUUUUGAUGUCGCUAUGAGAUUCUUGCAUGAAGAUCCAUGGGAACGUUUAAGAAAAUUAAGAGCAUUAGUGCCCAACAUUCCAUUCCAAAUGUUGUUGCGUGGUGCCAACGGUGUCGCCUACUCCUCCUUACCAGAUAAUGCCAUUGACCAUUUCGUCAAGCAAGCUAAAGAUAACGGUGUUGAUAUAUUCAGAGUCUUUGAUGCGUUGAAUGACUUGGACCAAUUAAAAGUUGGUGUAGAUGCCGUCAAAAAGGCUGGUGGUGUUGUUGAAGCUACUGUUUGUUACUCUGGUGACAUGCUUCAACCAGGUAAGAAAUACAACUUGGACUACUAUUUGGAAGUUGUUGAUAAAAUCGUUAAGAUGGGUACCCAUAUCUUAGGUAUUAAGGAUAUGGCAGGUACCAUGAAGCCAUCCGCCGCUAGAUUGUUAAUUGGUUCUUUGAGAACUAGAUAUCCUGAUUUACCAAUUCAUGUUCAUAGUCAUGACUCUGCUGGUACUGCAGUAGCAUCCAUGUCUGCAUGUGCUUUAUCUGGCGCCGAUGUUGUUGAUGUAGCCAUUAACUCGAUGUCUGGUUUGACUUCUCAAGCAUCCAUUAACGCUUUACUAGCUUCCUUAGAAGGUAACAUUGACACAGGAAUUAACAUUGAACAUGCUCGUGAAUUAGAUGCCUACUGGGCAGAAAUGAGACUGUUAUAUUCUUGCUUUGAAGCUGACUUGAAGGGUCCAGAUCCAGAAGUCUACCAGCAUGAAAUUCCAGGUGGGCAGUUGACUAACUUGCUAUUCCAAGCUCAACAAUUGGGUCUUGGUGAACAAUGGGCAGAAACUAAGAGAGCCUACAGAGAAGCGAACUACUUAUUGGGUGAUAUCGUUAAAGUCACUCCAACUUCCAAGGUUGUUGGUGAUUUGGCGCAAUUUAUGGUCUCAAAUAAACUAACUUCUGACGAUAUCAGACGUUUGGCUAAUUCUUUAGAUUUCCCUGACUCUGUCAUGGAUUUCUUUGAAGGUUUGAUCGGUCAACCAUACGGUGGGUUCCCAGAGCCAUUAAGAUCUGAUGUGCUGAGAAACAAGAGAAGAAAGUUGACAUGCCGUCCGGGUUUAGAGUUAGAGGCAUUCGACCUCAACAAAAUCAGAGAAGAUUUACAAAACAGGUUCGGUGACAUCGACGAAUGCGAUAUCGCUUCUUACAAUAUGUAUCCGAGAGUUUACGAGGAUUUCCAAAAGGUGAGAGAAACGUAUGGUGACUUAUCAGUACUACCAACCAAGAAUUUCUUAGCCCCAUCAGAGCCAGAUGAAGAAAUUGAAGUCACCAUUGAACAAGGUAAGACUUUGAUUAUCAAGUUACAAGCUGUUGGUGACUUAAACAAAAAGACUGGUCAAAGAGAAGUCUAUUUUGAAUUGAACGGUGAAUUAAGAAAGAUCCGUGUUGCGGAUAAGACUCAAAACAUACAAUCAGUUGCUAAGCCAAAGGCCGAUGUACAUGAUACCCACCAAAUCGGCGCACCAAUGGCAGGUGUCAUCAUAGAGGUUAAGGUACAUAAAGGUUCCUUAGUGAAGAAAGGUGAAUCAGUUGCCGUUCUGAGUGCCAUGAAAAUGGAAAUGGUUGUCUCUUCUCCAGCAGAUGGUCAAGUUAAAGAUGUCUUCAUUAAGGACGGUGAAAGUGUUGAAGCAUCAGAUUUGAUUGUUGUUUUAGAGGAUGAAACUCUGCCUCCAUCUAAAGAAAACUAA